AUUUUAUUAAUAAGAAAAAAGGGUUCAAAUCUGUACAAAGAGAUCAGGAGGGAUGAUCCCACAAGAAGGUUCGAACACCCCAAAAAGAAAGCAAGGGAAUAUAAAUAGAAAACUCAGAUUCCACCGGCCACACAGGCAAACAUCUGCUGAAUGAAAAUAUUUUGCACAGCACAAGACAGCAUAGAGCAGCUCCCUCUGCUCGAAUGUGAUUCAAGAACCAGCACCAUCCUUGUUCAUUGUAUCUGUCUAAUGCGUUCCCGAACCCAGCCAGAUACACCAGCAAACAGCGUGGAAAGCACAGUAAACAAACCAGCCUUCCAUACUGUCAGGGAUGUCAGUUGGCCAGUUCUUCAGGAUGAUGUCGAGAUCGUUGCCUGAAGGGAAAACCGACUGCCUGCAACUUCUCCUGAUGAUGCUCCAGACUUGCUUUGUGUAGAUACAAUCAACGAGCAUAUGGGCAUUCGUUUCUUCAUUCGUGU